CGCGCAUCGUGCGCCAGUCGCUCGCGAGCGUUAUGGGAAUCGCGCGGGUUCGUGAUUAAUUUGUACCGUCGGCACGCAGAAAGACAUGAAGGAAUGCGAUCCGGAUCACGUCGCGCUCGUGUUGGCGAUCGAGAACGGCGAGUUCAAUCGGGCGAGCGAGAUUUUGACGCGCGACAGUCAAAAUAAAUACAUUCAUCCGGUGGGUACUCUCCAAGUGACGGCCCUGCAGGUGGCCGCGUGGCAAGGGAGAAUAGAUCUGUUGGAUCGACUCUAUGAAAAAGGUGCUCAUGUAAACGACGUGGAUAAAAUUGGUAGAAGCGCUCUUUACUAUGCGGCGCAUCGCGGCAACGUUGAUGUGACGGAGUGGCUUCUCCGACGAGGAGGAUAUAUCGACGCCAAAAUCGGGGUCUAUUCGUGCACCAAGGGUAUCCCAUACACUUCACUGACAAAAUCUUGUUUCGUCGGAAGAAAAUUACCGUCGCCCAUGUGCUGGGGAAGGACACCCUUACACCAGGCGGUAAAGAAUAAUCAUGCCGACGUCGUGAGCAUUUUGGUGAAACACGGCGCGAAUGUAAAUGUUAAGGACGAGCGUCUCAUCACUCCGCUGCUCUUGGCGGGAAGCGCGGUGAAUCGCGAUGACCUCAAGGAGAUGACUAAGUUCGUGGAGAUUGUCAAGAUUCUAGUCGCCGCGAAGGUGUUCGUCAACAUUAUUCAUCCCGACACGGGUACCACGGCGUUGCAUCACGCGGCGAUGUUGGGCAGCGCAGAAGCGACGGAGGUAUUAUUGUCGAACGGCGCGUGGCCGAUGUAUAAGUGCAAGAGUUCCGGAAGCACGCCGCUUCAUAUUGUCGCGAGUACGGGCAGCACGGAGACGCUGAUGGUCUUACUCGAGGCAAUGCUGCCUCAUAACAUUGACACUCGCGAUCAGAUCAAUCGAACGGCUCUUCAUAGAGCAGCUUAUCGGGGCCAUCGCGAAUGCGUACGAAUCUUGCUCGACCACGGAGCUAACUUAGCCGCGACGACGAAGACCGGCAUCACCGUCGUUGAUGCCAUAUUCGCUCACAUCCCGCGACCAUUGGCCUUUAUAACGGAAAUUCUGGAUUCUUGCGUACGAACGACCAAUAAUUCUCCUCAAGAAACAUACGAUAAUAUCACUGUCGACUUUGGUAUAUUGGCUCCGAAACACCAGAUGCAAAUGGCAGUAGUCACGGCUGUUAUAGCCGCGGCUUCGGACAUAACGCAACUGGCGAUAUUACAGCAUCCACUUGUGGAGACGUUCCUCAGAUUGAAGUGGACGAGAUUAAGAAUAUUCUUUUUCUUUCUUAUGCUCGUACACUUGUUUUUCGUCAUUUCCCUCUCGAUCUACGCCAUAAUGUUUGUACGGGACGAUAGUGACCACGUAGUGACUAGAAGAAUCCUCGCAAUCUGUUCCUGUUUUUUGUUGUUUCACAAUAUGAUUCAAGUUUUAUUAGAGCCCAAACAUUACUUGAGACAAUUCGAAACAUGGUUAUCGUUCAUAUGCGCUAUACUAUCUUUAAUAACGUCAAUAGCAGGAGAGUUCGCGAAGAGUUCGAAGGAUGAAAUUGAGUCACAUCACUGGGUGUUGCAUUCCAUCAGCAUCGCAAUCUUGCUUAGCUGGAUGCAAAUGAUGCUGUUAAUCGGUCGAGUUCCAAUGUGGGGAUAUUACGCGCUCAUGUUCUCCACGGUGUUGAAGAACAUUCUGAAGGUUCUCCUGGCGUUCGGCUACCUGAUUGUCGGAUUCGCGUUGAGCUUCGCCGUUUUGUUCCACGGGAACGACCAGUUUCGCGAUUUCUGGAGAGCCGUCGUGAGGACCGUGGUAAUGAUGAUGGGUGAAUACGAGUACGAGGAACUGUUCACCGUCGAGAAUGGCAAGAGUGCCUUCCUACCGAUCACAAGCAGAAUCGUAUUCUUCGUCUUUACUGUGCUCGCCAGUAUCGUUUUAAUCAACCUCAUGAUCGGUCUGGCGGUCAACGACAUUCAAGGACUUGAGAAAGAGGGUCAUAUACGCCGAUUAUUGAAACAAGCGGAGUUCGUCGCGCAUUUGGAGAGGGUGACGUCACACCGAAUCUUUCGCGGCAAUUGGCUACAUCCUCGCUUAAGAAUGCUUCUACACUCUAGACGCGACAUUCCCACAAAAAUUACACUCUUCUCGCAUGAAAAUUAUUUUCAUCACGUGAGUCAUCUCACGGAAUCGCCUCCCAAGAUUGCUGCCGAUCUAAUAGAAGCUUUAUUUCUGUUAGCCACCAAGAAUAAUAACUUGACAGGUAAAAAUGUAGAGAUUGGCGACACGAAGCUGACUUCCAUAUUAUCCAAUUUAGAGGAACAAAUCCGAGAAUUGAAAAUAAAUUGUUAUCGCAAUUUAAGGAAUCGAAGGAAACCGUCAAAACGGCGCGGAUUCAAAAGAAAGACCAUAAACUUAUAGCGUACAUUUACAACAUUGCAAUUAUUCAUGAGUGUAACAAACGUGUAUUAAUCUGACAGCGGCAUUAUUAUAAUCAUGAAAUCGAAUGUGAUGAAGAAUCACGCUUUACAUUGCCGGUACAAUAUAUAACGAGUGCUUUUUUACAACAACAGAAGAAUAACAAAAAAAAAAAUAAAUAAAUAAAAGAGCGAAACGCGAUUAUGUGUAUGUAACAUCGAAACAUAACGGUAAGUCAGUGAUCCACUUUGCCUUUUCAGCUGCAUAAAGA